UACGGGGGGAAGGAGCCCCGUCACCGGGGGCGCAGAGCGGGCAGUAGCCGCCGCCGCAAAAAGCUUGCUUGCUCGCUCCAGCAUGUAGAAGAGCUGUUCUCAUCGUAUCUUUCACACUUGGAUUUAAAGCCCUUUCAAACGCCCUAGGCGUCGCAUCUUGGUGCUGCUGGACCCAUAUUUGCUGGGACGACGUGUAUUUUGGAGCAUUUCUGGUGUGUUUACGGUGGCGCUUCAGCAUUUAUGGUCGUGUGGCUGCGCACAUCCGGGCCACAAUGCCGUGACUCCAUUACUGCUCGUUCAGCGUGAGCGCAGAGACGCGGCCGACACGCAGGCGGUCACACACAGUUACACACCGUUCUAGGCACUUGCACACAGCGAAGAGGAUCAGUGCAGCGGACUGAGGGCCAAGCUGGACGGCGGAGGGACAUGUCUAACCAGGGGGUGCGGAGAAACGGCCCGGUCAAAGUGCGUCUCACAGUCCUGUGUGCAAAAAACCUGUCGAAGAAGGACUUCUUCCGGCUGCCGGACCCCUUUGCCAAGGUGGUGGUGGACGGCUCUGGGCAGUGUCACUCCACUGACACUGUCAGGAACACAUUGGACCCCAAGUGGAACCAGCACUAUGAUCUGUACAUUGGCAAGUCGGACUCCAUCACCAUCAGUGUGUGGAACCACAAGAAGAUACACAAGAAGCAGGGCGCUGGGUUCCUAGGGUGCGUACGGCUCCUGUCAAAUGCCAUCAACCGCCUCAAAGACACCGGCUAUCAGAGACUAGACCUCAACAAGCUGGGGCCAAAUGACAACGACACCGUGAGGGGCCAGAUAGUGGUGAGCCUACAGUCCAGAGACCGCAUCGGAACCGGGGGUCCCGUGGUGGACUGCAGCCGCCUGUUCGACAACGAUUUGCCUGAUGGCUGGGAGGAGCGGAGGACCGCUUCCGGCCGCAUUCAGUACCUCAACCACAUCACACGCACCACCCAGUGGGAGCGGCCCACAAGGCCUGCAUCAGAGUACUCCAGCCCCGGGAGGCCGCUCAGCUGCCUUGUGGAUGAAAACAUGCCCAUUGUGAGCACCAAUGGUGCCUCCUCAGGUCAGACCAGCGACCAGAGGGCUCAGGAGCGCCGCGUUCGCUCCCAGAGGCACCGCAACUACAUGAGCAGGACACACCUGCACACGCCACCGGACUUGCCCGAGGGCUACGAACAGAGAACAACACAACAAGGCCAGGUGUACUUCCUACACACGCAGACGGGGGUGAGCACGUGGCACGAUCCCCGUGUCCCCAGGGAUCUUAGCAACGUGAACUGCGAGGAGCUGGGCCCGCUGCCACCCGGCUGGGAAAUCCGCAACACGGCCACUGGCCGCGUCUACUUCGUGGACCACAACAACCGCACGACACAGUUCACUGACCCGCGUCUCUCUGCCAACCUCCACCUGGUGCUCAACAGCCCCAAUGGCUCCCGCACUGGCAUCGAGAGCCAGAACAGCAACAUCAGCCGUCAGAAUCAGCUGAAGGAGCAGCAGCCGCCCCAGCAGGCCCUGGUGUCGCCCGGCCAACUGCCCGAGGACGCCGAGUGCCUGACCGUGCCCAAGUACAAGCGGGACCUGGUGCAAAAGCUGAAGAUCCUACGGCAGGAGCUGUCCCAGCAGCAGCCCCAGGCGGGACACUGUCGCAUUGAAGUGAGCCGUGAGGAGAUCUUUGAGGAAUCAUACCGACAAGUGAUGAAGAUGCGGCCGAAAGACCUGUGGAAGAGACUGAUGGUGAAGUUUAGAGGAGAAGAAGGUCUUGAUUACGGAGGGGUGGCCAGGGAAUGGCUCUACCUGCUGUCACAUGAGAUGCUGAAUCCUUACUACGGGCUUUUCCAGUACUCCCGCGAUGACAUCUACACGCUGCAGAUCAACCCAGACUCGGCAGUGAACCCGGAACACUUGUCUUACUUCCACUUUGUGGGGAGAAUCAUGGGCAUGGCUGUGUUCCAUGGCCACUACAUCGAUGGUGGCUUCACAUUGCCCUUCUACAAGCAGCUGCUGGGCAAGCCCAUCACCCUAGAUGACAUGGAGUCUGUGGACCCGGACCUGCACAAGAGUCUGGUGUGGAUUCUGGACAAUGACAUCACGGGUGUGCUGGAUCACACCUUCUGCGUGGAGCACAGUGCCUACGGGGAGAUCAUCCAACACGAGCUCAAGCCCAGCGGCAAGAGCAUUCCCGUCACCGAGGACACCAAGAAGGAGUAUGUCAGGCUGUAUGUAAACUGGAGGUUUCUCCAUGGCAUCGAGGCACAGUUCCUGGCCCUUCAGAAGGGUUUCAAUGAGGUCAUCCCACAGCAUCUGCUGAAGUCCUUCGACGAGAAGGAGCUGGAGCUCAUCAUCUGCGGGUUGGGCAAGAUUGACAUCAACGACUGGAAGGCCAACACACGGCUGAAACACUGCACUCCCGACAGCAACAUCGUCAAGUGGUUCUGGAAAGCGGUGGAGUCGUUUGAUGAGGAGCGCCGGGCACGGCUGCUGCAGUUCGUCACGGGCUCCUCCAGGGUGCCGCUCCAGGGCUUCAAGGCUCUGCAAGGUGCCGCAGGGCCCCGGCUCUUUACCAUCCACCAGAUUGAUGCCAGCACUAACAACUUGCCCAAGGCCCACACCUGCUUCAACCGGAUUGACAUCCCGCCGUACGAGCACUACGACCGGCUGUACGAUAAGCUGCUGACAGCCAUCGAGGAGACGUGUGGCUUUGCGGUGGAGUGAGCAAUGGAUGAAAGUGGGGGGGAGUGGGGACACAUGGCACAGCUCUGCCAAGAGCCCGUGCCCCCGAGUCCCAUCCUGCAGAUGGUCGAAAGGCUGGGCACAAUGCGAGCGGCCGACCAAACGGAUGUGCGGGAAUAUCCCCUUCCCCUUGAUUCGACUCUCCUGUCACUUCUCAGCUGCUAAAGACUUGACUUAAUUAUAUUGGAAGCUACAAGAAUGCUUUUUUUUUUUAAUUUUUUUUUUUUUUUUUUUUUAAAUAGUUGCAUUAAGAUUC